CCGCCGUGCCCCGACCGCCCGCCGCCCGCCUGCUCACUCUCCCGCCCCUCCGGCCCCGGCGCCAAACGAGGAGGUGGGGAGCCACGCCGGCCAUGGACCGCCGGAGCUGAACAGCCGCCGCGGAGUCCCUCGCCCUCGCCCCUCUCUAGCCCCACGGCCGCGGUGCCCGCGCGCCUCUUCGCCCUGGAAAGGCGGGGAAAAGAGGGGGAUUAACCAGAAGAGGGAAAGAAGGGGGUUGGGAGGGGGGAGCCAGUGUCUCCCCUGGGGCAGUCGCUCAUCGUCCCCGAACCCACUGGAGGCAGAACUUUAGGGGACAACUUUUACCCAGUUUGCUCCCCCUUUUUGCCAAACCCUAAAAUGAAAGGACAAAAGUUGGCGCUGACUCUUGCAGCUCGGAUGGCGAUUUGUGCGUUUUCAGCGGCAUCUCCCGGAGAAAAACCCAUGCGCGCCUGAUUGUUCUGUGGCCCCCAAGCUGCGGUGCGUGUGGGUGUGUGUGUGUUUGGGUGUGUGUCUGUGUGUGUACACAGACGUCCACACACUCACUCGCGGCCGCAGGAUCAGCGCCUGGAAGCAGACGUUUCGGCCACAGACUUGGAGAGGAGGAGCUGGAGAUCAGGAGGCGUGAGCCGCCGGGAGUCUGCAGAAUCCGUGGUGUGAAUGAACUGGGGGCACCUGGGCGCACGGAUCGCCUCCCCCACCCCCCGCCCCGGGCCAGAGUUGAGUUGUGGGGCAUUUUUUUCACCCUCUUGUGAAGAAUUUUUUUUUUAUUUGUUGUAAAGUCUUUUGCACAAUCACGCCCACAUUUGGGGUUGGAAAGCCCUAAUUACCGCCGUCGCUGAUGGACGUUGGAGAGGGAGCGCCUCGCCGCGGAACAGUCGCCUGCGCGCCCUCGCCGGACCCGCGGCUCCCUUGUUGCGCGCCGGCCGGGCCCUGUUCCUGCUGCCGGCAGGCGGACUUCGGCGCCCCUCGGUUCACGGACGCAUCCCAGCGCUGCUCCGGCUCGGGCACCCAGACUCGGACGCCAGUGACCGCUUGGGCUCCAAUUCCCUGAGCCUGCCCGACGCGUCCUGGAGGAGCACGCAGCUCUGCGCCGGAUCGUCCCUCCAGGCUUAACCCGGCCGCUCCGCUCAGAUUCUUCGGCUGCCCUCGCUCUUGCGGUGACUUCCUCCCCGCGCCCCCUCCCCCUAGCAAUGAAGAAGUCGAUUGGAAUAUUAAGCCCAGGAGUUGCUUUGGGGACGGCUGGAAGGGCAAUGUCUUCCAAGUUCUUCCUAAUGGCUUUGGCCAUAUUUAUCUCCUUCGCCCAGGUCGUAAUAGAAGGCAAUUCUUGGUGGUCGCUAGGUAUGAAUAACCCUGUUCAGAUGUCAGAAGUAUAUAUCAUAGGAGCACAGCCUCUGUGCAGCCAACUGGCAGGACUUUCUCAAGGACAGAAGAAACUAUGCCACUUGUAUCAGGACCACAUGCAGUACAUCGGAGAGGGCGCGAAGACAGGCAUCAAAGAAUGCCAGUAUCAGUUCCGACACCGGAGGUGGAACUGCAGCACCGUGGAUAACACCUCAGUCUUCGGCAGGGUCAUGCAGAUAGGCAGCCGCGAGACGGCCUUCACGUACGCGGUGAGCGCCGCGGGGGUGGUCAACGCCAUGAGCCGCGCCUGCCGCGAGGGCGAGCUGUCCACCUGCGGCUGCAGCCGCGCCGCGCGCCCCAAGGACCUGCCACGGGACUGGCUGUGGGGCGGCUGCGGCGACAACAUCGACUACGGCUACCGCUUCGCCAAGGAGUUCGUGGACGCGCGCGAGCGGGAGCGCAUCCACGCCAAGGGCUCGUACGAGAGCGCGCGCAUCCUCAUGAACCUGCACAACAACGAGGCCGGCCGCAGGACGGUGUACAACCUGGCGGACGUGGCCUGCAAGUGCCACGGGGUGUCAGGCUCGUGCAGCCUCAAGACGUGCUGGCUGCAGUUGGCCGAUUUCCGCAAGGUGGGCGACGCCCUGAAGGAGAAGUACGACAGCGCAGCGGCCAUGAGGCUCAACAGCCGGGGCAAGCUGGUGCAGGUCAACAGCCGCUUCAACUCGCCCACCACGCAGGACCUGGUCUACAUCGACCCCAGCCCCGACUACUGCGUGCGCAACGAGAGCACCGGCUCGCUGGGCACACAGGGCCGCCUGUGCAACAAGACGUCCGAGGGCAUGGACGGCUGCGAGCUCAUGUGCUGCGGCCGCGGCUACGACCAGUUUAAGACGGUGCAGACCGAGCGCUGCCACUGCAAGUUCCACUGGUGCUGCUACGUCAAGUGCAAGAAGUGCACGGAGAUCGUGGACCAGUUCGUGUGCAAGUAGUGGGCAUUCCGCCUGCCCGCCUGUCACCCAGCCCCACUCCCAGGACCCACUUAUUUAUAGAAAGUACAGUGAUUCUGUUGUUGUUGUUGUCUUUAAUACUGUUUUAUUUUUUGUCCCCAAGAAUUGCAACCGGAACCAUUUUUUUUUCUGUUCCCAUCUGAGAACUCUGUGGUUUAUUAUUAAUAUUAUAACUAUUAUUUGGCAAAAAGGGGGGGGGGUGGGAACCAAGAAAAUAUUUAUUUUGUGGAUCAUUGAAAAGGUAAGACAAGACUUCUUUUGCUGGUAUAUAGGAUGAGGGGGGAAUAACGCACACCUUAAGUUAGAUGUGUGCACAUCUGGAAGGUCAAGGAAACACUGUUUUCUUUGUCUCAACUAUGGGGUCAUAUGGGACAGGUAGCAUCCAGCUGCAAGAGGGUGGUACAGAUCUAUGCAUGGUUUAGCUCCUGUGACUAAAAGGAAUUCAGUGCUCUGGUGAAAGUUGAAAGGUCUUGAGAAAAAAAAAACAAAACAAUGAGACGCCCCCACCCCCCACCCCUUUCCCAGGGGCUGCCAGCCUGAAACAUUUCCAAAAUGGUAUUUAAAGUCUAAGAGCAAAAAUCUCAUAUCCCUUAAAGAGAAAAGGUUUAUCACGUGUUGCACUGUUCUCAAACAUUCCAUCUACAGAUGGUCCAUUCUACUAGCUACUGAAACUUGGGGAGCAGGGAGGGAAGCCCCAGAAAUUAAAAAAAAGAGAAAACUUAAAAACUCCUUAUAUUAAGUCAGUGAUUUGAUGCUGUUGUGGGAAUUAGGUUAUCCACUUGGAAAAGGAUCCCCGAGUGAUUCUGGGUACUAGACUUUUUGUUUGGAGAAGGGCAAGGGAGGUUGGCUUGACUGUAAAGGAAAAUAUACUGUAAUUUUCUUAGGGAUACUUGGUUAAUAAAUGAUAACAAUGAAAAUAAUAAAUGAAUUCCAUUCACAGAUCCUCAGCCUGAGCUACAAGGUAAUUGCGUGCAGUUCAGCACUGCACCAGAGCAGAAAACUUACUUGAGGGGAAAAA